ACGUUUCGCCAUGGUUAAAAUUGCCUAGUGUUUUAUCGCUCAACGCCAACUGGAGACCACCUGAAACUAGGUUCGUUGCAGACAUAAACAAAAGAUGAGUUUCAAGGCAAAGCGAUGCGGAGUGCAGUUCAGUCCUCCUUCCAUAAUUAUAAUUUAUGAACACACGGAAACCAAAUCGGUGCGAAAGAGAGUAAUACCUGUGCGGAACUUCUCAAAAUAUUCUGAUCACAGCAUGGCUGCCGAAAGGAUGAAGAACCAUCCCCGGCACAGGGACUACUUGACGGACGUGUCCCAGAGCCAGCUGGAGAGGCUUCACAUCAUCCUGCGAGAUCACAUGCAGGGCUUCAGUUUGGAGCACAGCCUGGCCUCGUUCAACCUGGACCUCGAUGAAGACCUGAACAAACUGGACGAUGAGGAGCUGGCCCGCAAGAAGGGCCUAAUGGACCAACUGUUUGAGAGGAACCGGAGGCGUAAAGAGGACCCUGACUUUGUUUAUGACCUGGAAAGGGAUUUCACCAAGACCACCCAAGAAAAGUGCAGCUGGGAUGAAGAGUCUGAUGAUGGAUUCUGAAACUGUUCUCCAAUCCUGUCUUUGUGUAGAUGUCACCUGACAUACUAAUGUCCUACGAGAUAACAGGAAAAUCUGACUCAUCUGAAGUCGACUACAAUGCUUAAUGUCCAUCUAAAGUCAUACACAGAUGUUGAGUACUUCUUUUUAGGAAAUAUCUUCUUGCAUGCUGUAAAGUGUAUUCAUUUUGUUGCCAGUUCAUUAGGUGCACUUAUCUAAAACAAUUGCUGAAGCUCCAACAGCAGACUUUUAUAGAUGAAUAACAUGAGUGUUUUUCUUGUUGAAGUAAAUCCAACCGUGUGGUACAUAGAACGAGUAUGAAUUUUGUCAUUCUGAUAGAAAGUAAUGCACCAUUAGAUAGAUAACUUUAUUGUCUGUUUCAGUUAAAAACAGAACUUUUUCUUCUGUCAAGGCUUAAUUGAAAUAGAGACAGACACAUUCACAACAUUAAAAAGAACGAACAGUCGGUACAGUGGUAUAUACCGAUGUUUUGUGUUAUUAAGGACAGCUAUUGCAGAGGGGAUGAAGGAUUUUGGGUAGAUGUUUUUCUUGGCCAGCGGUGUCCGGUACCAAUGGUGGAGUGGAUGGGGUCCUCAGUGAUGAGGGUGGCUUUCCUCAUCACUGAGCGGUGGUACAGUUCAGACAGAGAGCUGUUUGGGUGAUUUUACUGGCCUGAUUUAUUAUUCAGGGAAGAGUUUUGUUUUGUGUUUCAUGGUCAGAAAAUUAAACCAGGUUGAGAUGUUAUAGGUGAUGAUGGAUUUAAUGAGUGAUUUAGAAAUGAGAGUUAAAAUGUCCUUGCUGAUGUUAAAAGACCUGAGCUUCCUGAGCAGAUAGAGACGCUGCUGGGCUUUUUUAUUCACAGCAUCCACAUGAGGUCCAAAGGACAGGCAAGUGUCCAUCUCCACACCGAGGUAUUUAAAAGUUUCCACCUGCUCCACACCCAGAUCGUGGAUCUGCAGGGGCUCAAACAGGGGUUCGGGCAGGUCUGGGAUUUUCCUUGCAGGCCCACAGCAGAGCUCCUUGGUUUUCAAUGUGUUGAGCUCUAGUGAGUUCUCUGCAGAUGUUUGGACCAGAGUGCCAACUUCCAUUAGAAACGCCACUCAGUAUGAUACAAAUCAACAGCACUGCAUACUAAAGCCUCCAAAAUGUCCAUAGAUUCAAGAUCUCGAAAAGUUUCAGCUAGCAGAGCACAUCACAAUUCACAUUUAGAGUAAGAGUAUAAUUUGUUGCGUAUAUGUGUGUAUUUACAUUUCUAUAGCCACACCUUAGUUUGAGGGAGAAGAAGUGUCAGUGCUCCAUAACGACUCCUUCCUGUGUGAAGUGUGAGCAACUACAUGUGUCGCCUACCCCAGAGGAUUACUGGUACCUGUGGGUGUGGACUGUGAUAUGGAGUCGUGUAUUUGCAGUAUGCAGUAGUCUCGGCAUUUAAUAACACAGUUAGAAACCACUGGGGGUAAAUUAGUAAAUCAAGUGAAACAACCCUGAGGUAAUUUCAAACACACAUCACAUGUUCCAAGUCAAUCUGCAAUGAAUGAAAUAAUGCAUGAAUAAUAGUGAAUAUUUAUUGGUUAUAAAAUAUUGAAAUUUACAAAAUACAAAGACUUUGGCUCUUUUUAUUUGUGGCUUACACCUAGAUGAUGAUAUUCACAGUUGAAUACGAAAAAGGCUAAAAUCCUAUUAAAUAAAAUUUG